AGUCGAACCGUAUUGAUAGAAGUUAGCAGUCGACAACUCCGGAAAGAGCGCGAAGUUGCGAAUAUUCUCCUGUUGUGAUUUGCGUUGACAACUUGGGAAAGAGUGCGAAGCUGCGAAUAUUCGCCUUGUGAUUUCCGGUAAAUCUUCGCUAAUACUCCAGAGGUAAUAAAUGAAGAGGAAAAGUUUAUGUGAUGCAUCUGUAUCUGCUGUUAUGGAAAGGGAAACAACAGUUUCUGUGAAACUGGAGGCAAAAGACGAGGUGCUUAUGGUACCAAGGACCAUGGUAUUGAGGUCCGCUGCCAUGGAAAGCAGAGGAACGGUUUCUGUGAAAUGUGAACCAACAGAUGAGAUACUUACGGUACCACGGGCUGUGGUUAAUGGGCACUACGAACCAGCAUGUCACCUGUGUGGUUGUGCGGAACGUGACAUAGAAGAGGCUCUCAGGCUGGGAAAGGAAGCCAGUGACAUCAGUGCUGAUGUACUGCUGGCCAACAUGCACAUCAAGAAAGAACAAGAGGACAUCAGUGAUCAAAAGGUCAUUGCAGAUCUGCUGGCGGUGCAUAAAUUAUGUGAUCGUGCUGAAGGAGAAGGAGAACAACAGCAGCAGCAGCAACAACAACAACAACAACAACAACAACAAGAUGAAGGUGAUGGAUUGAUAGCGUGUAGAUUCUGCGAUCGUACCAAAGAAGAAGAACGAGAAAUGAUUGCUGGAUUGCUAGCAGAAGCUGACAGUAUUGGUGCUGACGUAUUGCUGUCUGACACGCAGAUCAAGAGGGAGCCACAGGACAUAAAGGGUCCAAAGGUUACUGAAGAUUUACUGGGUUUUUGCAAAUUUUGUGACAUUGAAGACAAAGAACUGGCACUUGCAUUACAACCAGAAUGCAGUAAUGUGGAGGAAACGACAAGGCAACUUUCUGGCAACAAUAGGUCCAUGUGGAAUGUCCUAAAAAAAGGCAGUGAUGUGUGUGGUGAGGCUGUCGCUCAUCCAGCUCAGAAGUGUGCUACACCAGAGGAUAGACAUUUUGUGAAUGGUAGUGGCCCAUUACAAGUGCCGGAUGUUAACCAGAGUGGCGGUGGUGAAGACUCUGCUUGUGGCAGCUACACUUGCGGUUCGUGCAGCGCGACUUUCUCGUCAAAGUAUAGACUCGUAAGACACGUCUUUGUCCACAUCAGUGGCGUGCGACCUCCACCGUACGUCUGUAGACUCUGCGGAGACGUGUUUCGCACGGGAGGCAGCCUACGCUUGCACCUGAAGCGAGAUCGGAGGCUAUCCGGCAUACGUCGAAUUGCACCGGGCAACUCACUCGCCCCUACUGUGGAUGGCAGCGAGGAAAAGGUUUGUAACAGAGCACGACAACCCUCCACCUGUACUGAACGUAAUACACAGACAGAAAAAUCGAAACAAAAGCACCGUAACGGCGACUGUGGAAAAUCACCCCAAUCUGCUUUCGAACCGGGUCAAAAUUCGUCAGCGCGGAAACGGAAACGGCAACGGCCGUCUGUAUGUUCCUACUGCCACAAAAUUCUUUCCGACCCUUCGUGCCUCAAACGGCACGAAUUACUUCAUACGCAGAAGAAACAGUUUCACUGCGUCGAUUGUGGUAAGCAUUUCACACAAGCUCGCUAUCUUCAGAAACACAGAGGAACACAUUCUAAAUCCACACAGUUCACGUGCAACGAAUGUGGCAGAUCUUUCAAGCGAAGUGACACUCUUCUGAAACACAGACUAGUACAUAGUGAAUGUCGCAACAGUUUCACCGUCGUGCAAGAAAUAGACGCCAUUUUGGAACAGUAUCCUGUUGCUGGCACCAAGUGCACAUUACAAAGUGCAGCUGAAACAUCUGGUCCAUUGUCCCAUAUGUUAAAAACUGUGCUGGUUGAAGCUAGGUACCCACACUUCCACCUGAGAGAUACAGGGUCCAUGUGGAAUGUCCUAAAAAAACGCAGUGGUGUGUGUGGUGAGGCUGUCGCCCAUCCAGCUCAGAAGUGUGCUACACCAGAGGAUAGACAUUUUGUGAAUGGUAGUGGCCCAUUACAAGUGCCGGAUGUUAACCGGACUGGUGGUGGUGGUGGUGGUGGUGGUGAAGGCUCUGCUUGUGGCAGCUACACUUGCGGUUCGUGCAGCGCGACUUUCUCGUCAAAAAUUCACAUCGGAGAGAAGCCAUACGAGUGCGACGAUUGCGGUGUUUCUUUCAUGCGACCUUACAGUCUUGUGGAACACAGAAGGCAGCAUUCUGGGGACAAGCCAUUCAAGUGCAACGUGUGCAGUGCAACUUUUACUAGGGCUUUUGCAUUAAAGGAUCACGCGAGAAUACACACGGGGGAGAAGCCGUAUGUGUGUGGCAAUUGUGGUAUGACUUUUCGUCAAGCUUGUGGUCUUCUGAACCAUAGGAAACUUAGUGCCUCAGAGAUGAUGCCAAAGUGUGACGACUGCAACAAAUCUUUCGAAUUUGAUGAUCUCUUAAAGGAACUCGUAGUAAUGCGAACAGAAGAGAGGUCAUACCAGUGUAGUAAUUGUGGCAAAUCUUUCGUACGGCCCUUCGAGCUUCCGACGCCGUACGAAUGUAGCUAUUGUGGGAAAUUUUUCUGCUUCAUUAGUGCCAUCAGAAAACACGGAGUCAUUCAUGUGAAAAAGAAGUUGUACGCAUGUGUCGGUUGUGGAAACACGUACAACCGCCGCGAUAAUCUUCAGAGGCAUCAAAAGAGAGCGUCGUGCGGCAACUCUUUUGUUAGAGUCGAUGUUGCGAAGAAGAAGGCGUACGAGUGCGUCGAUUGUGGGAAAUCCUUCGAUAAAGCUAGAUCCCUCAGGAGGCAUCAGAGAAAAGGGUCGUGCAAGUCUAAUGAUAGCGACAAAUCUUUGUCGAGUUGA